AUGAAUCGUGCCAUUGAUGCCAUUCAGGACGGCUACCUUGAGUACGGUACUGUUUUUGGACCAGGUCUUGCUACUCAAAUCUGGAAAGAGACGAAAACAGGUUCUACAUUGCGCGAGUUCUGUAUUGCAACAACAGUCAUGCAUCUUGAUCGGGGCUGCACCAAGCUUCGCCAAGAAGUGAUGAUGAACUGCAUCGUACUUUCUGGAUACUUUCCCGGCAUGCUCAAAUGGAUUUCGAGAAGUUUUCAAUUAUUGGGUCGCCGUUCGGAGAUGGUCGUACCCGCAUGGAAUCUGGAUGAAGGAUUCAGCAUGCUCCAUAGAUCUAAACUAUGCCCCUGUCACUUCCAUGUACAUCCUACGGGUCAGGCACACAAGGGUCACAAAUCAUGCGCGAUGCCGUUUAAUGAUUGCUCUCAUCCGGGAGACGAUGAGAAGAUGGAGGAACUCAAUAUGUUAGGUCUGUUAAUGGGAUCUGCGAUGUCGGAAUGUAGCCUCAGCGAUCCAGAAUAG